AUGGCUGCUAACAACUAUCAAUGGCCUAAUGAGCGAAACAUGCCAAGGAAAGUGGCUGGAGUACAAGAAAUAGAUGCCAUUACCAACCUUUCAGCCCAAAUAGCAGCUCUCUCAAAGCAAUUAAAAAACAGUAAUUUGGCAGCAAAUGCACGCCUAAAGAAGAAUAAGCUUGACCAGCAGUUUGCUAAAUUCUUGGAUGUAUUCAAGAAGCUUCAUAUUAAUAUACCAUUUGCUGAUGCUCUUGAACAAAUGCCAAGUUAUGUGAAGUUUAUGAAAGAAAUUAUUUCAAAUAAAAAAAAGUUUCAAGAUUAUGAGGCAGUCGCACUUACUGAAGAAUGCAGCGCAAUCUUGCAAAAGAAGUUGCCACCCAAACUCAAGGAUCCGGGCAAUUUCACCAUCCCAUACUCAAUUGGGAAUGUGGUGUUUGAAAGGGCAUUAUGUGAUUUGGGAGCAAGUAUCAAUUUAAUGCCCUUAUCAAUCUUCAAGAAGCUUAACUUGGGAGAAGCGCAGCCUACUACAAUCACAUUGCAAUUAGCAGAUCGUUCAUUGAAGCAUCCUAGGGGAGUAAUUGAAGACGUUCUUGUCAAGAUAGAUAAGUUCAUAUUUCCAGCUGAAUUCAUUGUACUUGACAUAGAAGAAGACAAAGACAUACCAAUUAUACUAGGUAGACCAUUUUUGGCUACUGGGAGAGUGAUUAUUGAUGUGCAAAAAGGAGAAUUACAUCUUCGGGAUUAA